AGUUCCAGAAUUUUCUAUCAGGCUAAUAACGGGCAGCCCGGGGUCCUGAAACAGCCAUUUGAACUUGUUUACCUUCUGAAACGAACAGAGAGAGAAAGUUAGGGAUAUGAUGCAAAAAAUAAUAAAGCGUUUCGGACCCAAAUAUGUCUCCAUUGCCAGAACGUGGGUUCCCACGCUGGUCGGAUGGGGUACAGUUGGUGGCCUGGCUGUUGUCUAUUUUACAGACUGGCGGCUGAUUCUGGAUUAUGUUCCCUACAUUAGAGGCAAAUUCAAGAAGGACGACUAGUUGUCCAGCUCCUAUGGAUCUAUGGAAAUCGGUUGCUGUGCAUUUUUACAGGGAACAAUUAUAGCUGAUGCUUUAACUAGCCAGUAGACGGCGCUGGUGGUGCGACAUUCAGCCAUAAACACCGAGGAGGAUUUUCUGUCACUUUAAGACUUUAUUUAUGUGUUGGAUAAUACCUUAUAAUGUCCUAAUGGGUUCGACGGGAUGAUUAUGUGUAAAUCAGACUAGCAUGUCUUGCUAACAAGUUGUUGUCUGUACACUUAGCUUGAGUUUGCACAAUGAGCAUAAACUUUACCUGCAAGUGUUAUAUUGCGUUACUUUUGUGAAUAAAUGGUAAUGUUCCCCUG